AUGAAUCAGUUACAAAUCUUGAUCAACGAUUGCCUCAUCGAUACUAAACAUGUGGAGAAUGCUGCCAUAAUCGUGGCGAAAACUGGCAGUGUCACCGCGGCCUCCACUCGGUUUCUGAUCUCUCACCAGCAAGCCCAGGUUUUCGUCGACGCUUUUAAGCACCUGAAUGAAACGAGAGAUUUGGGAUUCUAUUUCCAGGAGAAAGCCUUCACUUGUGUCCGGGCGGACAUAAACUCCAUCUACUCAAAAUGCGAGGGACAUGGAUUGAUAUUAGUGAAGACUACUCACUACGUCGUCGUAGCAACGUACAACGACAGCAUGUAUCCCAGUGUGUGUGUGGAGGCCGUGGAAACACUAGGUAAAAUACACCGCUAA